AUGGCUAGUCCGCCAGUUCUAGCUUUCGAUGCCGAGGGCCGUCCAGUGAAGUUCGAAACCUGGCUCGAUGACCUGCACCUGUUCCUACAGCUCACAGCCAAGGAAGAUAUCUCACUGUACGACCACGCCCUAGGCCAUGCCACUGCCCCUGACUCGACUGCUGACAGCACUCUGCGUUCCCAGUGGCAGACCCGUGAUGCGCACACUCGCUUUGCUAUUCGCAACUCCCUGCCGCUAGACGAGCGCGAGCACUUCGGGCAGUGCAAGACUGCUAAGGACCUCUACACCGCUGUAGUUGCCCGCUACUCCUCACCCGCUUCUGCCACGUUAGGCCGCCUCACUCUCCCCUACCUGGACCACUUCCUCUCUCGCUCCCCCACUGAGCUCACUGUUGCCCUCCUCGAGAAGGAACUGCUUGCAGCCGAGGCGAGCAUAGUCGCUGUAGGCACCUCUCGUGGCGACCCCCGCACCCCGUUCUUUGAGGGGUGUUCCACUUCCCCCUCCCUCCCCUCUGUCGCCUCUGCUGCUGCUGUCGACCUUCUUGGUGCUGAGAAGGUCGGGACCGCGUGCUGGUCUUCUUCGGCGCGCCGCAGGAACAAGGGCGGCCGGGGUGGGGGUGGCGGCGGAGGAGGUGGGGGUGGAGGCGGUGGGAGUGGAGGCGCGGCUGGGGAGACUAGUGGCGGCAGUGGGGGAGGAGACAGCGGCGGUGGGAGUGGUGGUGGAGGCGGCAGCGGAGGCGGAGGUGGUCGUGGUGGCGGCAGGGGUGGAGGUGGCCGGGGCGGCGGCGGUGGGGGUGGUGGUCGUGGAGGCGCUGGCGGAGGGCAGAGUCAGCAGCCCGCCCCGACGCUUCAGGCCGCCCGUGAGUGGUAUGCGCAGCGUAGCGUUACCUGCACGUACGUCAUUCGCACAGGUGACCGCAGCGGCCAGCAGUGUGGGAGGCCGCACCCCACGCAGCGCUGCUUCGCGCGCCUUAACGACGCGUGGCGCACUCAGUUUCCUGCUGCCACUGAGCUGCCGCGCUGGGCUGAUCUGGAAAAGAGGGGUGUUGAUAUUUGGGCUUUAGACUUUGAUGCUAUUCUCACUGCCAUGUAUGCGAUGUCUAUUAGUGGAGAGGGUGCUCAGUACUUGCGUGUUCCGCCCGACCCAGGCAUUCAGGCCAGUCCGGCUGCCGCUCUAGGUGCUAGUGCGUCUGCUCCCACAGGUCCUGGUGAGGCCGCUGCUCUAGGUGCUCGUGCGUCCGUGCCCCCUGGUACUGAGUCGACUGCAGCACUGCACACCUUCACACUGGACUCAGGUGCUUCUCGCUCCUUCUUUCGUGACCGCACUGUCCUUGAGCCACUCGCUCGGCCAGUUGCUGUCUCCCUUGCUGACCCCUCUGGGGGUCCGGUCAUUGCGACCUCCUCCACUGUCCUUCCUUGUCCGGCGGUCCCGUCCGGCACGCUGUCAGGUCUUUAUCUCCCCUCGUUCUCUACGAACUUGGUGGCAGGUAGUGCGCUCCAGGACGGGGGUGUUCACCAGUUCACCCCUGCCUACGAGCGCGUGACACACUGCACGUGUGCUCGGACGGGUCGCCACCUGGCUACCUUCACUCGGGAGCCGGGGUCGGACCUUUACACACUGACCACUGAGUCCCCUCAGGUAGCUGCGUCCGCGUCUGCGUCUGCGUCAGGUCAGCUGUCCGCCCCCUGCUCGUGUCGCUCUCUGGCGCAUGAGACGGUCCUUUGGCACCACCGCCUUGGUCACCCGUCUGUGCAGCGCCUUCGGGCCAUGCACAAGCGGGACCUUGUUGCUGGUCUUCCCAGGGUGCUCCCUCCCCUUCCCGUCUCGCCUGCUCCUCCCUCUAUAUUCCCUGUGUCGAGGGACGGCAGCGCGCCGCUCCUCACUCCUCCUCCUUUCCCCCGACGACUGCUCCCUUGCAGACGCUCCACAUGGACGUGUGGGGCCCAGCCCGCAUCUCGUCUCCAGCUCCGUGAGCGUUUCCGCUCCGACUUCCCUGUCCUGCGUCUGCACUCUGACAGAGGUGGGGAGUUCUCCUCUGGCCUAUUGGAGGCCUUCUGUCAGCAGGAGGGCAUUGAGCAGUCGUACACGCUUCCGGACUCUCCACAGCAGAAUGGGGUUGCUGAGCGCCGCAUUGGUCUGGUCAUGGAGGUCGCCCGUACCUCCUUGAGCCAUGCGGCUGCCCCCCAUUUUCUGUGGCCGUUUGCAGUCCGAUACGCUGCACAUCAGCUCAACCUCUGGCCCCGUGUCUCCUUGCCCGAGACUUCUCCGACACUGCGUUGGACGGGGGAGGCUGGCGAUGCGUCGCGUUUUCGGGUCUGGGGAUCCCGAGCUUUUGUCCGCGACACGUCCGCGGACAAGCUCUCCCGUCGCGCUGUCCCCUGCGUCUUCCUUGGCUUUGUCCCGGACGCCCCUGCUUGGGGUGCUGCGUCUGGGGGUGCUGAGCCUGGGAGUGCUGAGUCUGGGGGUGCGGAGCCUGGGGGUGCUGAGCCUGGGGGUGCUGAGCCUGGUGGUGCGGAGCCUGGGGGUGCUGAGACUGAGCGUGCUACACCUGGAGGAGCCCUCUCCUCCCAGCAGCUGCAGGAGAGGUACCUCGAGUACUGCCGCCUCCGGAGAGGUGCUUCUGGAGCUCGUCCCGGUACUUCCCCUCCUACCCAGGAGCUCCCCCCCAUUCAGCAGAUCCGCGAGUGGUACACACGGCGCUGCAGUCUUUGGAGUGGUGCUCCUGGUGCUGCGGACCCUGGGGGUGGCGCUGCUGCUGGUGCUGCGGACCCGCCUGGUGGAGCUGCUGCUGGUGCUGAGGACUCGGACGUUGGAGCUGCUGCUGGAGCUGAGGACCCGGGCGGUGGCGCUGCUGUAGGUACUGAGGACUCGGACGGUGGAGCUGCUGCUGGACCUGAGGACCCGAGCGGUGGCGCUGCUGCUGCUGCUGAGGACCCGGGCGUUGGAGCUACUACUGGUGCUGAGGACCCGGCCGGUGGAGCUGCUGCUGGUGCUGUUGACCCGGCCGCUGGAGUCUCCUCUGCUUCUGAAGACGCUGCGCGGCCGCGACCGUACUUCGUACCGCUCCUUCAGCAGGUUCUUGGGCAGGCUCCUCCUCCUUGUCCUCCUCCCUCCGUAGAGUGUCCUCUGCCUGUCCAGUCGCAGUCACAGUUACCGCCUACCUCGCCUCUCCCUGCUCCCUCUCCUUACACUGGUCCCACAGGAGGUCUUACAGAGCGUCGUGAGCCUGAGUCUCGUCCUGCGUCGCCUGUUCGUCCUGCUCGCACUGGUCGUCGUGUCCGUCGUGAGCGUCCUCCUCCUGUCCCAGGCACUCACUACAUGACUCUGCGUCCCUCUACUGCUCCUCAGCGUGUCCCUCUACCGUCUCCUCCCGCGUCUUCUUUGCCUCACGUUCCGGACCCUGAGUCUGACCGGUACCGUGCUGAGCACCCUACUGUCACGCGUCUCCUCGCUACUGUUGUCACUGACCCUACCUUUGAGUCCUCGACUGCGUCUGCUCUGGUCGCUGAGUUUGUUGACUUUGCUGCUGCCUGUCGUCUAGACUACGCUGCUAGCCUUGUUGCUGAGUCUGAGUCUGUCUGUCCUCCGUCCGUCGGGGGUGCGUGUGCUCUUGGCACGGACGUCCUUGAGGACAGACAAGAGGAGUUCCAGUGUCUUGCUGCUGCUUUGCCCCGUCUCGUGUCCUUGCUAGUUGCCCCUGAGGGAGACCCGGAUGCACCAGACAUCCCGACCCCACGCACUUACGCUGAGGCGAUGGCGGGUCCCUACUCCUCUCAGUGGCAGACAGCCAUGGACGCCGAGAUGGCUUCCUGGAAGUCCACACGCACCUACGUCGACGAGGUUCCCCCUCCUGGGGCGAACAUCGUCAGUGGCAUGUGGAUUUUCAGGGUGAAGCGGCCGCCGGGCUCUCCGCCUGUCUUCAAGGCGCGUUACGUGGCUCGAGGCUUCAGUCAGCGAGAGGGAGUUGACUUCUUCCAGACCUUCUCCCCCACCCCGAAGAUGACUACUCUUCGGGUGCUGCUGCACAUAGCCGCUCACCGCGACUACGAGCUUCAUUCACUUGACUUCAGCACUGCUUUCUUGCAGGGCAGCCUGCACGAGGAGAUCUGGCUGCGCCGCCCACCUGGCUUCACUGGGUCGUUUCCUCCUGGUACCCAGUGGAGGCUUCAGCGGCCGGUCUACGGUCUCCGCCAGGCUCCGCGUGAGUGGCACGACACACUGAGGACUACACUUGCGGCUCUUGGGUUCGCGCCUUCUACAGCUGACCCGUCGCUGUUCCUGCGCACCGACACUUCGCUGCCGCCGUUCUACAUCCUCGUGUACGUCGACGACUUGGUCUUUGCCACUGCUGACACUGCAGGACUCGCCUACGUGAAGUCGGAGCUGCAGAGGAGACACACAUGCACAGACCUGGGUGAGCUGACAAGCUAUCUUGGCUUGCGGAUCACCCGGGACAGAGCACGGCGCACCAUCACCCUGACUCAGUCACACAUGGUGCAGCAGGUUCUCCAGCGCUUUGGCUUCACGUACUCCUCGCCUCAGUCCACUCCUCUGCCUACCGGUCACUCGCUCUCAGCUCUGCCUUCGGAUGAGUCCGUAGAGCCGAGUGGCCCGUAUCCAGAGCUUGUGGGCUGCCUCAUGUACCUGAUGACCUGCACUCGACCUGACCUUGCAUACCCUCUUAGCAUCCUUGCACGCUAUGUCGCUCCUGGCCGUCACAGGAAGGAGCACAUGGAUGCCGCUAAGAGGGUGUUGCGCUACUUGUGCAGUACGUCGGGCAUGGGGCUUGUGCUUGGAGGGCGAGACCGAGUUGUGCUCACAGGGCACUCAGACGCUUCUUGGGCAGACGACCAGGCCACUCAGCGGUCGUCUCAGGGUUACACCUUCAGCCUUGGCUCUGGCUCAGUUUCUUGGCGCUCUACACGCUCUUCUUCUGUUCUCGGCUCCAGUUGUGAGGCUGAGAUCUACGCUACAGCCAUGGCUGCCCAGGAGCUACGCUGGCUGACCUACCUGCUGACUGACCUCGGAGAGCCGCCUCGUUCUCCUCCAGUACUGUACGUCGACAACAAGGCUGCCAUUGCCUUGUGUGAGGAGCACAGACUGGAGCACAGAACGAAGCACAUCGCCCUGCGGUACUUCCUUGCUCGAGAGCUGCAGCAGCGCGGUCAGCUUUGUAUUCGCUACGUGGCCACUGAGGCCAACACUGCUGAUGUGUUCACCAAGGCGCUUCAGCCUCGUGACCAUCAGCGCUUCUGCACUCUACUAGGCCUUGUGCCUACUGGACCUCACUUGCUUACCUCUUGA